AUGAUGGACGAGAGUCGAUUGUGUCAGUGGAGCGUAAUUAGAUCUAUAUUAGCCAUCGUUCAAUGGUGGGGUUUCAACGUUACUGUUAUUAUCAUGAACAAAUGGAUUUUUCAGAAACUGGAUUUCAAGUUUCCUUUAUCUGUGUCAUGUAUACACUUCAUAUGCUCAGCAAUUGGUGCAUACCUGGUAAUUAAAGUGCUGAAACUCAAGCCACUUAUUCCAGUCAACCCUGAAGAUCGCUGGAGGAGGAUCUUUCCCAUGUCAUUUGUUUUUUGUAUCAACAUAGUUCUGGGGAACGUGAGCUUGCGUUAUAUUCCUGUUUCUUUUAUGCAAACUAUAAAGUCGUUCACACCGGCAACAACAGUUUUCUUGCAGUGGCUAGUCUGGAGAAAGCACUUUGAUUCCCGAAUUUGGGCUUCUUUAAUUCCCAUUGUUGGAGGGAUUCUACUAACUUCAAUCACCGAGCUCAGUUUUAAUAUGUUUGGCUUUUGUGCUGCUUUAUUUGGCUGCCUUGCUACUUCUACAAAGACAAUCCUUGCAGAGUCUCUAUUACAUGGUUACAAAUUUGACAGCAUAAAUACAGUCUAUUAUAUGGCACCUUUUGCGACUAUGAUCUUGGCCGUGCCAGCAUUGCUAUUGGAAGGAUCGGGUGUUAUUGAAUGGUUUCACACAUGCCCCUCACUGUUCUCGUCCCUUGUCAUUAUUUUCGGGUCUGGAGUCUUAGCGUUUUGCUUGAACUUCUCCAUCUUUUACGUCAUUCACUCUACAACUGCUGUCACCUUUAACGUUGCAGGAAAUCUUAAGGUUGCUGUUGCUGUUACAUGUUCAUGGCUGAUCUUUCGAAACCCGAUAUCAUCUUUGAAUGCUAUUGGAUGUGCUAUAACGCUCGUUGGCUGUACAUUUUAUGGCUACGUGAGGCACAAGCUCUCGCAACAAUCACUGGGAACACCUUUAGCACCUCGAACUCCUAGGGGUAAGAUGGAGUUGAUUCCUUUAGUAAAUGAAAAAUUAGACGAUAAAGUUUAA